UUAGUUAUUUUCCGUCGGUAUGGUUUUCCUUGUUUUCUCGUCUUGUCGUUCAAAGUUUUGAAUAAUUCUUGGGAAAUUGCUUCUUUUUUUUCAAAAACUGACAUAGCAACCCAGAGAAGGUGCGUCAAGUAGAGAGGAAAUUUUAAAAGACCUUGAUUUUGGUUGAUUCUUGACCAUGGAAAAAUCAAGGCCUAGAUCCAGAUCCAGGCCGAUCUCUAGUGACAAUAUGUUGAAUAAUGUUCCCAAGCCUUAUAGCUUUAAGUUAACUUUUUUAAUUUUUCUUCCUGAUGUUGCCAGGAUAAUACGUACUCAUUUUCGUUUACUCUUCAAAUUUACUAAAUACCAGAUUAAAAUGAAAGAACCGAAAAGGCAAAUUAAUAAUCGUCAACAUAGAAAACACUUUAUUGGAAAAAGGAGACAAUUUCGGCAUAAUCGUCCUCCGAUCCCAAAUGACUUGAUUCGUGGAAAGCCUGAUAAUUUCCCUCCAAACUUGGAGAUUCCUAAAGAAAAGUUGAAUGAAUAUUAUACGGGGGCUGAACUUUUGAUUCCGGAAAAAGCAAGGACGAUAGUCGCCCAAAAACGCUUAACAAAAAAGAAGGGAAGAUUUUUUGAAAGAGUGGAGAGGGUUGCGCGUGCUGAAAUUCUUGAUACUCAACAAGAAGGGUAUAUUGAAGCAGAUGAUGGGGUCCCUACGUGUAUGACCAAACAGGCUGAAAUUUGUGAUGCUGUGGAUAUUGCUAGUGCAACUAAGCAUUUUUCGCUUGAUCUUCGUUUUGGACCAUACAACCUUGAUUAUACUCUAAAUGGGCGUUAUAUGUUGCUAGGUGGACGCAAAGGACAUGUGGCUGCUUUCGAUUGGAUGACUAAAGAUUUAAUAACUGAAAUUAAUGUAAUGGAAACUGUGAGGGAUAUUCAAUGGCUUCACACAGAAACAAUGUUUGCUGUAGCCCAAAAACGUUGGUUAAGAAUUUAUGACAGAAAUGGGACAGAAUUACAUUGUAUAAAAUCAAUGUUUGAUAUUAGAAGAUUGGAGUUUCUGCCUAGGCAUUUUUUGCUUGUUGGAUCGGGUGGAAACACAUUCCUUACUUGGUUAGAUGUUUCUGUUGGCAAACAAGUAGCCAAUUUUCCAACAAAAUGUGGAGCUCUACACGUUCUGACACAAAAUCCGUCAAAUGCAAUAAUUGUUGGAGGAAAUUCUCGUGGUUUAGUAACAAUGUGGUCACCUAAUGUUCAAAAACCGUUAAUUGAAAUGUUUGCACAUAAAGGGCCAAUUUUGGGUAUUUCUAUAAAUUCAAAUGGAAAUUAUAUGGCAACGAGUGGAUUGGACAAUAAAUUGAGAAUUUGGGAUUUGAGGAAGAAUUAUAGUGAAUUGGCUGUUUAUUCUGGUCCGUUAGUACAUUAUUCACAUGUUGCUUUUAGUCAAACAAAUUUUUUGGCGGUUAAUUCAGGAAAUAAUUUGCAGAUUAUCAAAAACCCACAUUUGGGUCAGUCUACUACACCCUAUUUAAUGCAUAAAUGUGAAGGAACAAUUACAGAUUUAAAAUUUUGUCCAUACGAAGAUGUUUUGGGUGUUGGACACACUUUAGGGUUGUCAAGUCUUUUAAUACCCGGCGCUGGACAGGCAAAUUUUGAUGCGUUACGAGCAAAUCCUUUUGAAUCAAAACAACAAAGGAAAGAGAGAGAAGUGAAAAUGUUGCUUGAUAAGAUUCAACCAGAAUUGAUAACAUUAAAUCCAGCAGAUAUUAACCGGGUUAAUCGAAAAGGAUUAAAAUCAACAAUGGAAUACAGAAAUAAUGUAAUGCAUAUAAAGCCUCCAAUUAUUGAAGAUUUCAAAUAA